AUGGAAGGAGUGCUGAACAUCUCUGACCAGAAGCCGUCCUCAUCCUCCUCCUCAUCCUCUGCCAUGUCCAAGAAAGUGGUCGCAGUCUUCGGAGCCACAGAUUGCAGGCCGACCAACUUCUGGGAACAUUUCAGCAAAGAUAAAGAAAUCGCCCAGGGCAAACGGAUCGCGGACGUGUCCAAGCGCCUUGGCCUGACCCUGGUGGUGUUCAGCGGUUUGGAGAACGUGAAGAAGCUGACCGGUGGGAAGCUGGAAGUGCUGCAUUUCGAUGGCAAAGGGGAGGUGGAGGAGUAUUUCCGAGAGAUCGGCGUGCCCAUGACCAGCGUGAGACUUCCCAGUUACUACGAGAACUUGCUGACCUUCUUUCGGCCACAGAAGGACAAGGAUGGCGAUGGCUACACGCUGGGCUUCCCUAUGGGUGAUGUCCCUCUGGAUGGGAUGUCCGUGAAGGAUCUGGGUGGCAUAGUUCUCAGCAUCUUGCGGUCUCCCUCGAAAUACGCCGGCAAGGACAUCGGCCUCAGCACAGAGAAGCUGACGACGGAGCAGUACGCUGCCAUAAUGACCAGAGUGCUCGGCAAGAACAUCAGAGACGCCAAGUUGUCUCCUGCUGUCUAUGCAAAGCUGGGCUUCCCCGGAGCACAAGAGCUGGCCAACAUGUUUGAAUUCUACACCAUGAAACCCAACCGCGAUGUUCAGCUCACCCUCCAGCUCAAUCCCAAAGCCAAGAAGUUCCAGUGCUGGCUAGUGGAGAACAAGGCCGCCUUCGAUGACCUGUGAACCUCCUUCCCUUAUACAGUGAAAGGACUGAAGUGUUUGUUCAAUGUG